GUUUAGCCAAAAAAGCUAGAAGCUACUAGUUAUUUAUAAUAUCCAGCGUAUUAUGGAAUUUUCUGGUUAAAUUCACUUAAAGGGCACGAUAUGUCAGCUCAAUAUCAAAGGUUUCUAAAAGUACUGGAGAAGUGGCCGGUGGACAAAGCAAAAGUUGGCAGCUCCUUGAAAAUGUCGGGAAAAGCCAAAUUGAUUUCCGGUACCGAAGUGGCCAAUGAAAUACGAAAUACUCUGAAGCAACACGUUGCUGAUGUUAAAGCUAAACUUUCCACUUUUACGCCCGGUUUGCGGAUUUUGCAAGUGGGUGAGCGGGAAGAUUCCAAUGUCUACAUUCGCAUGAAAAUCAAGGCUGCUACAGAAAUUGGCAUUUCCGUAGAACAUAUCAGGCUUCCACGCACCGUGACUGAAAUCGAGAUACUUGAGAAGAUUACCCAACUUAAUAAUGAUCCCAAUGUGCACGGCAUUAUAGUGCAAAUGCCGCUUGAUGCCGACACGAAAAUUGAUUCGCAUAAGGUCACCGAUGCAGUCUGUCCGAACAAAGAUGUCGAUGGGCUGCAUACCGUCAAUGAAGGACGUGUCUGCAUCGGCGAUCUGAGUGGUUAUUUGCCUUGUACGCCCUGGGGCUGCAUUGAGUUAAUCAAGAGCACUAGCGUCCAAAUAUCUGGUGCACAAGCCGUUGUACUGGGUAGAAGCAAAAUUGUGGGCACACCAGUCUCACAGCUGUUGAAGUGGGAGAAUGCCACAGUGACUGUGUGCCACUCAAAAACCAAAAAUUUGGAGCAAAUCUGUCGUUCUGCUGAUAUUCUCGUUGUUGCCAUCGGUGUAGCGGAAAUGGUGAAGGGAAGCUGGAUCAAACCAGGAGCUGUUGUUAUUGACUGUGGUAUUAAUGUAAAACCAGAUACUACGAAACAAAACGGCACCCGAUUAGUCGGCGAUGUUCUUUUCGACGAGGCAAAGCAAGUGGCUUCAUACAUAACUCCAGUGCCGGGCGGUGUUGGGCCUAUGACCGUAGCAAUGAUGAUGAAAAACACUGUUCGUUCGGCUUUGGCGGCUGCUGAGAAGUUAAUACAAACAACAUGGGAUUUGGCGCCGCUUACAUUGAACAAAGUCAGACCCGUACCUUCUGAUAUCCUGAUUGCACGCGCUCAAAAGCCAAAGCAUAUCUCCAAUUUGGCUACAGAGAUUGGAUUGACAGGCAGUGAAGUGUCGCUUUAUGGCGAUAAAAAAGCGAAAAUCUCUCUAAGUGUCAUCGAUCGAUUGAAGAGCCGAUCCAGUGGUUCCUACGUCGUUGUGGCUGGUAUUACACCCACGCCAUUGGGCGAAGGCAAGAGUACCACUCUGAUCGGGCUUGUACAGGCACUUUGUGCGCAUAAAGGCCGAAAUGCUAUUGCAUGCCUAAGACAACCAUCACAAGGGCCCACAUUUGGUAUUAAGGGUGGUGCUGCGGGCGGUGGGUACGCCCAAGUCAUACCCAUGGAUGAAUUCAAUUUGCAUUUAACUGGUGAUAUUCAUGCUGUUUCGGCAGCCAAUAAUUUGCUUGCCGCUCAACUGGAUACCCGUAUUUUCCAUGAAAAUACGCAAAAAGACCAGUCUCUUUACGAUCGCCUGGUGCCGCGUAUCAAAGGUCAGCGCAAAUUUUCGAAAAUUCAGUUGCGCCGCUUGCAACGCUUGGGCAUUUCCAAAACUGAUCCCGACUCGUUAACGCUGGAAGAACAAAGCCGUUUCGCACGUCUGAAUAUAGAUCCCGAUACGAUAAUGUGGGAACGCGUCAUUGACAUCAACGAUCGCUAUUUACGUGAAGUUACAAUUGGCCAAUCGCCAACGGAAAAGAAUUUCACACGCAAAACGUCGUUUGCUAUCUCAGUGGCGAGCGAAAUAAUGGCUGUCCUUGCCCUAGCUAGUGACAUGGAGGACAUGAAGCGCCGCUUGGCGAAUAUGGUUGUCGCUUUUGACCGCAAGGGAAGAUCUGUAACUGCUGAUGAUCUGGGAGUUACUGGUGCACUUACUGUGCUGCUAAAAGACGCUUUGGAGCCCACGCUAAUGCAAACCUUGGAAGGAACGCCGGUUCUAGUGCACACUGGUCCAUUUGCAAAUAUUGCCCAUGGAUGUUCUUCCAUUAUUGCUGAUAAAAUUGGUCUAAAAUUGGUGGGUGGACACGGUUUUGUGUGUACAGAGGCAGGUUUUGGAUCCGACAUUGGAAUGGAGAAAUUCUGUAACGUCAAAUGCCGUUCGUCUGGUCUCAAGCCCAAUGCCAUGGUGUUGGUGGCUACAGUUCGUGCACUCAAAAUGCAUGGCGGCGGCGCGGCAGUUACACCAGGUGCUCCUCUCAAUAAGCAAUACACCGAGGAGAAUUUGGAGUUGUUGGAGAAAGGUUUGCCUAACCUUCUUCAACAUAUUUCCAACGGUCAGAAAUUCGGUUUCCCCGUUAUCGUGGCUAUCAACCAACAUACAACUGAUACGAAAGCCGAACACAAUCUUAUUAAGGAGGCCGCCAUAAGGGCCGGUGCUUUUGCAGCUGUUCUUUGUACGCACUGGAGUGAUGGAGGCGAAGGUGCAUCUGAGCUUGCAGAUGCAGUAAUAAAAGCUUGCGAUCUUCCAACAGGAUUCAAGCUACUUUACGACUUAAAUAUAUCCCUAGAGGAUAAAAUGAAUGUAAUUGCACGAAACAUGUAUGGAGCCGGAAAAGUAGAGCUGACGCCCAAAGCUGUAGCGUCUUUGAAAAAACUGUAUGAUGCUGGAUUCGGCAAACUACCUGUUUGCAUGUCUAAAACUUCAGGCUCAUUAACUGGGGAUGCUGCCAUUAAAGGGGCACCUAAAGGAUUCACUUUGACGGUACAAGAUGUGUACGUUUCAGCCGGAGCUGGUUUUGUAGUUGCUAUGUGUGGCGAAAUUACCAAAAUGCCUGGGCUGUCCACCCGGCCUGCUAUUUACGAUAUUGAUUUGAAUACGGAAACUGGAGAAAUCGAAGGAUUGUUCUAAUUGAUGGCCCAUUUUGUUUUAUAAAGUUUUUGUCGUUAUGGUAUUUUUUACCAUAUACAUACUUACAUACAUAUAUAGUAUACAUAAAUCAUAAUCACUAAUAUUUUUUAA